AUGAUCGACAACAAAAGACUUUCUACUAAAAUAACAGGCCCUUCAUGCACAGUUGUUUCUGACAAAUCAGUAGUUACAGUCGGCCGUAAAAGCCAUAUCCCUGUAGACGUGUGUCUUGACGAUUCUGAAUGUGUAUCGCGCAAGCAUCUAGAAAUACACAGAAAAAACAAGGAUAUAUAUCUUAGAUGUCUUAGUAAAAACGGAAUAUUUAUAGAUGGGUCCUUUCAUAUUGGGAGGCCGGAUUUCGUUCUUUUAGCUGAUGGGUGUAAAUUAAGGUUUCCGAGUACAAACAUCGUGAUUAUCGUGGAAGUGGUCGAACUUGAACCUUUUUGUCACCCUAAAAAGCGGGCAUCUUGGAGAUCUUCACUUGAUCACACCAAUCGUGGCGAGCCUACAUUGAGUACUGAUCAAAACAACAGAAAUAUGACAAAUCCACUAAUUUCACCAAUUCUAACGUCCAAAGGAUUUGAAGAAAAUUCCCAUUCUUCAUUUUGUUUUGAGUCCGGAAAUUGUCGAAAUACUCCCGAAGAAAGACAUGAUGUUUCAUGUAACAACUUAAAAAUUGAUUAUCAGAAUACUAUUCCGGAUUUAUCCCUUAAUAGUCUUCAGGGUUCAGCCACCUCAAACUGUGCAUUAUUACCGGUUGAACCAUUAUUUGUACAAUCAGAUCAAAAUUUCAAUAUUCCAGCCAUCAGAGCAGCUACAACAGUCCUUCAGAAUCUUAUUCAAAAUGAUAAUCAAUCUAAAUCCUUAAAUAUCGAUGGUGAAUCACUGUUUCAAAGCGAAAAUUCAGAUGUUGUAACUAAAAUGAAUCAUAUCGCAAGAUUGUUUGCUUUUAACUCACUUGCACAGCUAUCCCAGUUGGAUGCACACAAAAGUAGUACUCUAACAUUAUCUAACUUAGUGAAUUUCCCUUCUCAUCAACUAUAUGACUCCAGAUCAACUGAACUCAAUUGUUCUACAUUCAACCAUGGCUUAUCAGAUUUAACGAAAAAUCCCUUCGUAUUGUCAUCUAACUCUCCGGAAUCUCAAUUUAAAAAAUCCGAUAUCAUCGAACAAAACACCUUGACAGUAGACGAUUUAGAUGACACUGCCGAUUCAAGUGUAGCUGCAAUACACCAGAACGUCACAACAUAUUGUGGUGAUGAUCAUAAUGACGAUGGUAAUAAUAAUAAUAAUAAUGGUUGCACUAUUCAAGAAAGCGAAUCAACUAUUAAUAAGUUAGCUGCAAAUUUAGCUUCAACAACCGCGAUUGAUCGGGGCUCAACAUUUCGUAAACCGCCUUAUUCUUAUGCUCAAUUAAUUAUUCAAGCUAUUGCAUCGGCGCCUAAUCAACGUCUAACUUUAGCUGAUAUUUAUGCUCAUAUUUCAAAAACAUUUCCAUAUUAUAAACCACAUGAAAAAGGUUGGCAGAAUUCAAUACGUCAUAAUUUAUCAUUAAAUCGUUAUUUUAUCCACCCUUAUUGUGAAACAUGUUUAAUUAGUCAAGCAUUUCGUAAACGUCGUCAAACGUCGUCGAAGUCAUCAUCAUCAUCAGCUGAUUUAAAUCAAACUAAUAAUGCCAAUAAUAAUGCUAAUGAUGAUAGUAAUAAUGAUCAAAAUCAGUAUGACGGUGACGAUGAUGAUGAUGUUGUCGACGAUGAAGAACAACAACACCAAGAAAAAAAAGAAGGUGAACAAAGAAAUGUUUUAAACGAUAAUAGCAACAACGAGAAUAGUAAUGAUAAUAAUACUAUUGAUGUUAAUAAUUCUGCAUUUCCUGUAACAUCUCGUGAAUUAUUUUUCAAUGAUAAUAGUCAACAUAAUCCAUUAAAUAAUAACACAUAUAUUGGUAAUGAUAGUAAUGCCUCAGCUUCUCAAUGUGUUUUUGUACAAUCGAAUUAUUGUUUAAAACAACAAAAUCAUAACUUACAAAAUGUACAAUCUUUACUUCAUCCUCACUCUUUUUGCUUGUCAAAUUCAUUAUCAUCGUUAUCAACACCAUCAUCACCAUCGUCGGUCAUGUUAUCGUCAUUUGGUGAUCACCAACAACGCCAGGAUGAGUCUGGUGCAGUAUUACAUUAUUCAAGUAGUUUACCAACAGCUAAUGGAGAUCGGUAUACGCAAUAUGGAACCUGGUAUAUUUGUACAUUUCAACUUGCCACACUACAUUAGCACUGCGACAUGAAAUUAUCAAGACAAAUCCUAAUAUUUUGGAAAUAUUAACGGUAUCAUCAGUAAAAGAAAAGUUUACACAUAAAUAACGUGAUUCAAGACGAGGGUUUGAAUUCGUGGAAUUGAAAAAAAAACGUAUCAAAUAAUUCAAAAAAAGAAAUCAGGAUAUAAAAGAGGAUAAAGAAUGAGUGCAACUGCGCCAUUGCAACCUAUUCUAACCCAUGUCACGCAAAGUCUUCAACAGUUGGUUACGAUAAUUGCACUGUUCCCAACACGACUCAAUCCGACUGUUAACCUAAGGGUUUGUAACUUUCUGUUGUCCAUGUUUGGAACUUUGAUUGAUAAAUCUGUGCUGCUAUAUGGGCUUGGUGAGUGAAUUGUCUCUAUACAACUUUAUGUCAUAAGUUUUAAUAUGUAAAGUAUAGGUAUUCAGUAAAAUCCUAGACACUCAUUUCAUCAUACAUCAAUAUGUAACCUGUUCAGGAUAUAUAUAUGACAACAUAGACUAAUCAUUUACAGUCCUAAAUGUCGACGAGGCAUUAAAAACCUUUUACUAAUACUUUCAAACUCAUUGAACAAGUUAGUAAUUGCACUCAGUAGCUCUGUAGAUAAUGUGCUCUAAACAUUUUGAAGAGAAUGGUACUGGGUUUUCUAGUGCAGGUACAUCCACUUGACAAGUCUCAAAUAGGAUGAAAC